AUGGUUCAGCCAGAGGAUGCCAAGGCAAAGACGGGCCCCAUCGAUGUGUCCUCCAUCCCAGUGGUAGCGAAGAACGAUGACGGCUUGCUCGCGCAGCCUGAGGAGCCGAAGUUCAAGACGGCUUUGGUUGAGAUUUAUGUGCCAUCGCAGGAAGGAGGCGGCAGCGACAAGAUCAGCAAUGGCCAUCGUUACGACUCCAUUCCGAUUGCGAAUGGCUUCAUUAAUGCGGGCAUGAGUUGCCAGCUGGUGAACUAUUGCAUCGAGAAGCACGACGAGUUCUUUGCGGUUCUCGAGAAGUUCGAUGCCAUUGUGGUGCGUUGCAACCCAGGGCAGGUCAAUGCGGCUGGCGGCAGCCAGAAGAAGUUCGAUGAUGCGAUGAUGAAGUUGGCUGAGACUCGGCCGGUGUGGCCCACGCCAGAUGUAAUGGCGAAGAUGGGCGCGAAGAAGGCGCUGUGCAUGAUCAAGGACAUGGACAUCGGCUUGAAGGACACCCUCGGGGGUGGGCGGAUUUUCCUUGCCGUGGAUGCUGUGUGGCACUUCGUCGGAGGGAAGGCCCGACGUUGCCCCAUCAGCCACACUACUGCUGCUGCAACGCGCCUUGCGCUUGCGGAAAAACAUGAAAUCAUGCCGCCUUCAUUCCGGCGGGUUCGGAAGUCCUGGGAAGCCCCCGAAAGGGCUCCCAAGAUGCAUGUCACAUGUGAUCGAAUCCGGUCGGAACGUUGUCGGAUGUGA